AUGACAACAAUGAAAUUGUCUUUUACGACGACGGCAGCACAGGCCGACCUUGAAUCGUCAGAUGACGGUGAUAAAGAAGAAGUAAGAGAUUUUCACGCCAAGCGCGGCGAGCGAGCAUCCGACUCUUCAAGUGAUGAGGAAACAGAACAUGAGAAACAACGUAAAAAAUCAUACUUUUCAUUACCCCCUUCACCCCCCGAAACUCCGAUAACAUCCUUCUCUUCCCUAAACUUGUCUCGUCCGAUUCUCAAAGGCCUCUCAACGUUGAACUUUGUUACCCCGACUCCGAUCCAAUCCCAAACCAUUCCCGUUGCUCUAAUGGGUAAAGACAUCUGCGGAGGAGCGAUAACGGGAUCUGGUAAAACAGCCGCAUUCGUGGUUCCGAUUUUGGAGCGAUUACUAUACAAACCGAGAGAAAAGGCUUCUACCCGAGUCUUGAUAUUGUGUCCAACGAGAGAAUUGGCUAUACAGGUUGACAAGGUGGCGAGGACGAUUGGGCAAUUUGUGGAUGUUAGUUUUUGUUUGUGUAUUGGUGGGUUGUCGUUGAAGCCACAAGAAACAGAGUUACGUCAGAGACCUGACAUUGUAAUCGCGACGCCGGGACGGUUAAUUGACCAUGUGCGCAAUUCGCCAUCAUUUAGUUUGGAUUCAAUCGAAAUACUGGUUAUCGACGAAGCUGACAGAAUGUUAGAAAACGGUUUUGCAGCAGAAUUAGACGAAAUAAUAAAGUUUUGUCCUAAAUCUCGCCAAACCAUGCUCUUUUCAGCAACAAUGACGGACAAUGUUGAUGAACUGAUACGCUUGUCACUGAAUCAUCCUGUGCGAUUAAUGGUCGAUUCUGUAAAGUCCACUUCCUCAAAACUCGUCCAAGAAUUCGUAAGGAUAAGAGAGCACAGAGAGAAAGAUCGAGCAGCCGUAUUGUUGGCAUUAUGUAGUAGGACAUUUAAACACAGGGUGAUAGUGUUCUUUAAGAUUAAAGCGUCGGUACAUGAGAUGAAGAUUGUGUUUGAGUUGAUGGGUUUAAAAGCUGGUGAAUUGCAUGGAAGUUUGUCACAAGAACAGCGAUUGCAAGCACUCGAAUCAUUUAGAAAAGGCAAGGUUGACUUUUUAUUAGCAACAGAUUUAGCGGCUCGAGGAUUGGACAUUAAAGGUAUAGAAACUGUAAUCAAUUAUGACAUGCCGCAGACGCACGCGCUCUAUCUUCAUAGGGUGGGUCGAACUGCUCGCGCUGGACGUAACGGCCGGUCGGUCAGUCUAACGGGAGAACCUGAUAGAAAAAUUCUCAAGAAAAUUCUCAAACAUACGCCACACUCUCAUCUCAAACGUCGAGUGAUUUCUCCCGAAAUCAUAUCCACAUACCAAGCACAAAUCGAUUCACUACAGGACCGCAUAAAACAAAUUCUUGCAAACGAAAAGGAACAAAAAAUCAUCCAACAAGCCGAGAUGGAGUUGCAAAAGAGCGAAAACAUGUUGAUACAUCAAGAGGAAAUCAUGUCCAGACCGGCACGGACUUGGUUUAUUAGUGAAAAACAAAAAAAGUUAACGAGCGACGGAGGCGAGGCAAGUGUAAAUGGGAAAAAGAGAAAGAGACAAGAUGGCAAUGACGAAAAGGAUGAAACGAAGAAAAUCAAAAGAGACCAAUAUGCGGGAAUGUCGAGAGCUAAAAAAAGGAGGUUAAAAUCUAUGGAAGAAGAGGAUGCCAUUAACAAGGUUAAAAACGCAAAAUCUAUAAAAGUUGCCAAGAAGGCACUAAGACCCAGUAAGAUUACAAAGUUGCCGCCCGAGAAUCAGAAAAAGGUUGGAGGAGGUGCGGUAAAAAAGAAGGGUAAAAGUAACAAGACUGAGAAACGUGUGCGGUUCGAUCUGGACUUGGCGGACGUGUCUAAAAAAGGUGCUGGUGCUGUUAUAUCAAAGGGCAAGAAAAAGACGACGAAAUUAAAAAGUGGUAAUAAUAACCGUAAGGCUAGUGAUAGUAAAAAAGGUGGCAAAGGUUUGAAAAAGAAGCGUGGCAAAGUUGUAAUGAAACGAAAAAGAUAA